AUGGGUGUUAGGCUUCUUCUUCAAAACGGCACCGUGUUGCAGCAUGAUGCGCAAGACAGCGUUAUCGCUCGUAGAAACACCGACAUCUUGAUUGAGGAUGAUCGCAUCAUUGAGAUCGGGCAUGAUAUUGAGCCCGGAAAUGCAUCGAAAAUUGACUGCGAUGGCAAAAUUAUCGCUCCUGGGUUCAUCAAUGCCCAUCAUCACGUUUGGCAGAGCCAAUUGAAAGGGAGACUUGGCGACUCUACAAUGCUAGACUACAUGCUUGAAGCCAAUCUUCAAAGCUUCAACUUCACUCCGGACGAUAUCUUCUGGGGCCAACUAGCUGGCUGUCUCGAAGCGCUUGACGCUGGAACGACCUGCGUGGUUGACAAUGCACACGGCGCGUCUAGCCCCGAACACGGCCCAGCAGCUCUGAGCGCUACUUUGGCGUCUGGAAUAAGAUCGAUAUUUUGUCAUGGAGUCAUGCCACUACGCGCUGCUGAGUGGACAGAGUCUUCGUUUGAGCUUGAUCGCUCUCCUCAACCUGAUUGGCUGCUGCCUCAGAUGGAUUGUCUUGCUGAAAAAGCGCCGUUUGGAGAUGACAAGAGAGCUGGAGUGAAGCUGAUUACAAGCCACUACAGACACUGGCCAGUUUCAAAGGGACAAUCUCGAGUCCCAGAGCAACUACACGCCUGCGGUCUUCUUGGCCCUGAUAUCCUCCUCACUCACGGCAACGGAACAACACCAGAACAAGCAUCUCUACUCACUGAAGCCGGGACUUAUAUCGUCUCAACCCCCGAUGCCGAAAUAUUCAUGGCAUCAGGCGCAGACCCAGUCGCAUUUCGAGAGGAUCUCCCAUUGACGUGCCUCGGAGCCGAUUGCCACUCCUGCGGACCAGCGAGCAUGAUGCAUCAGAUGCAAAUAGCCUUAGCAAGUGAUCGAGGAUCGCAAAACUCAAAGACCUUUGCACAAGGCCACUAUCCGAAGAAGAUGCGGGCUACGGUGCAGGAGGCGUUCAACUUGGCUACUAUCAAAGCAGCUCGUGCGAUCAACAUGGAUAAGGAUAUUGGAUCUAUUGCAGUGGGCAAGUUGGCGGACCUGGUUAUCUUCGACACGACGUCUCCCUCUAUCAGCUGUGCAUCUGAUCACGACCCAUUGACUGCUAUCGUCCGCCAUGCAGGUGUCAGAGAGGUUGAGACCGUCAUAGUUGGCGGCAAGGUUCGCAAACACAAUGGAAGCCUGCAAAAUGUGCACUUGGCGGAGGGUCGAGAAGCUGGCUUCGAUUUCAAGCACGAGGCAGCUGACGCGAAGAACGGAUUAUUGUGGAAAGAAGUUGCAAAGGAGUUAUCGAGGAGCCGAAGUGAGAUCCAGGGUAGAAUCAAUAAGGUCAACAAAGAGCUGGCAGAAGAGAAGCUUAUUGGAAUGAUGGACGGCUUGCAGGAUAUCUUAGUUGACUUGUAGAUCUUCCGUCUAGAACACCUCCUUGUAGUAUUAAUAUAGACGCAGCUCCC